AACGGGGCGACCGAGGGGCGGUCGCAAUGGUGGCAGUCCAACGUCCCAUCAAGCGAGGUAGCACGACCCAUGCCAGAGUGGGAAUCGAAAAAAGGCGAAGAAGAAAGAGAUAGUCGGAGAAGCAACAGCACGAGGGGUGCGAAAGAGAAAGAAAGAGGAAGAAAAACACACGCACAGGAGGCAGUGGCGGCGGUACCGCGCCCGCAUCCAGCGUCCGUCCUCUCUUGAAGCACGCAGAGGCUACAGGAUUGGUUGGCUUCCAUGUGUGGGGGCGGCCUGGCCGGCAACCCGUUGAAAAUAUAAGCCUGUGUGAGUAUCGGUUGAUUAGCCAGAGUCAGAAGAGAUCGGUCGGUAGCGCGACAGUGUCCAGAUAGGCCGCUCCUCUUAACAACUCCACGCAGAUUUCCAGCGGAGAGAAGGCAUCCGUCUUUCGAUCCGGUCCAACUCGAUCCUGAGCCUCCUCUGUCCGUUAGCGACACCGGCCGGUUCACUUCGUUAGCUCCGGCUUCAAACUAAUCAAAAUUAAUCAUAACCCGGGCAACAAUUGAUCGCAAUUGGCCCGGAUUCCAUUACGGAGGACGCGCUAACGCCAUCACUCCUGACACCCGUACACUUUUCUGCAUAAUUGAUCAGCGGAGUGACUUUGAGGAACCAACCGCUUCGAGGAACAGCCAGUCCAUGGGGAAACCUGUUGCACCUCUCUUCAGGAUUAUACGCGAUUAACCAGGGUAACCUCAGCGAGAUUCGAUUGAACGGAGGUGAUUUUAAUCGAAGAGCGACUUCAAAGAACCUGUUGCGCCUCUCUUCAACAUCGCCUCUUAACGCAGUGAACUUCGAAGAGGAACGUACAACGUUGUUUGAUUACUAACAUCGGUGAUCAAUUGAUUUAAGGUGCUCUUCGUGGUCUAGCCACGUGUGCACGAAAGUUCUCUGCUACCAAGAAUUGUGAAGUGUCUUCGGGUGUUGAAAGAGUUUGAUUUUUCCGAUCGCAAGAUGGACGGAGGUCCUUUCGAUGACCCAAUCUUUUCAGACUUUGGUGGACGAGGUGGGUCGGGAGUGCACAGUAUUCAAGUGAUGCUUGGUUUGCACGGUGGACACCAUGGCGGAGAUUUGAUGCCAACUGGAGGACAUCUUCAUAAGCUGGACUCCUCUAAUAGUCCCCCGCCUCAUCAUCAAACGUCCCAUCACCAUUUGCAGCAGCAGCAACAACAACAGAAGGAGCUGAAGGAGCUGGAACUGGCUGGGAUGUACGCGCCGCUUCCUCAGACUCAAGAUGUUACCACGUCGACGUCGUCCACCGCGACGCCGACCUCGACGACUCUGCAGCAGGGAUUACAACUUGGGAAUUCGAUGAAGAGGAAGCCGGAGGACCCGAUGAACAGUCUUGCUCCAGUUAGCAGCGAGGCCCAACCAGCCAAGAAAGACUCUAAAAAGAAGACUGAUAACAAUGGAAUCAAGAAGAAGAAAACUAGAACCACGUUCACGGCAUACCAGUUGGAGGAGCUAGAGAGGGCAUUCGAACGUGCUCCCUAUCCUGAUGUAUUUGCACGCGAAGAACUCGCGCUGAAGCUAGCUCUGUCGGAAUCCAGGGUCCAAGUUUGGUUUCAGAACCGACGAGCAAAAUGGCGGAAGAGAGAACCUCCGCGUAAGACCGCCGGUUACAUGGCUACUGGAUCAGCGAGCCCUGGUUUAUCAGGUUCAUUUACUUCGCUGAACAAUACCUUGAACCCGUUCGCUUCUCCGACAACGGCGACCGCACCGCCCGAUGCAUGGGCAUAUUCACCAGCCUAUGAUCUAGCUCCUCAUCUGAACCUUCUAAGUUCUUCGAACUCUCCUUACUCCACGUCGUUUGGUGGUCCAAGCAACAACGGAUCGGCGUACACUUACGGGACGAUGCUACCUCAGCACGACGCCUCCUUGUUCUCUACGCCGUCCGGUAACACGAUGCGCGUUCAUCAGGAUUAUAUGAACGCCAGCAACAGUCCACCGCCGCCUUUGAGCCGCAACGAUUACCAGACGAUGGUCACCACUCAUUCGCCACCCACGCAUCUGGCCAACUCCAUGUCUGAGGAGGAACACCAACAGAACAAGCAGCUAGACUAUGUCAGUGGACUCAGUCCAGCGGAUAAGUAUCAGCACGAGCAGCCAGACUACGCGCAACAGCAGCAACAGCAACAGCAACAGCAGCAGGACCAGAAACAAGAGUAUGGAAUGCACUCGCCACAAGGUCGUCAAGGAAUGAAGGAACAAGUGAUGGUGAAGACCGAACCCACGAGCCAACAGAACUACGUACAGUUGCCUCCUUUUCUGAACUGACUCGAAACCUCCGUUCUAGACUUGUUCUAGAAGAGACGGUUGUUUCAACUUGUCCUCUCCCUUCUGAGGGAAUCUGAGAAUCUUUUUACUUUGACUGGGUAGUAGAUAUUUUCUUUAUAACUGUUGGAUGAAAGGAAAAGAGAAAAUAUCAGUGCGGUUUGUAACUGUAAUUGCGCAUAGGGAAAGAGUGAUAUGACCUCUGAAUGUACGAUGUUGGUAAAAAAGGAAUUUAGGUUAUAUUAGUUUGGAAAACGAAUUUAAUUGUAUAUAAAAUGUUCUGCGAUAAAAAGAUUGUCUUUAAAAUAUUUUUAAAUUCAUAGAUUCGUGUUAUAAAUAAUUGUGUAUCAUUUUCACGUAAUUGGUAUGGGAAUCAACUUUCUAAUAGAAAUUUAUGGCUAUUGUCGAUAUUUUUCCUGAACAUAGCGUUUCUUUAUUUUUAUACAAAACAUAUAAGUAAAUGAUACCAAGUAUUCUAAGAAUUAAUAGAAGAGCCAUUGUAAGAUAUUUAUGAGAGCAUUCCAGUGCCUUAAAAAUGUAGUUUAAUCCAAUGUAUGUAAGUAUUUUUGUAUUGUUUUCUUUGUUCAUACUUAUUCGAAUAAAAAACGAAGAUAAUAUUAAAUGAAAUUGAACACAGUUGUGUUCUAUACUCUUGUAUGUAUUCUAUGAUGAUAGUAUUUUAUAAAGGAUAUAAAGUGUAAAAUAUUGAAUUACAGUCAACUUGUAAAACUUUGAUACA